UUUCUGUGUAAAAGUGGGCCGAGCCCAAGUGAGUUCUUUCAACGUCUGCUUUCCAAUUUCCAUCCCACCACCUCGUCAAAAUAGACGCUCCUCGUCCCCCAAUAAUUCAAAUUGUUUCAAAACUCCAUUUUCCGCCCAAAUCGAUCUCUAUCCCGGCCCCUCUCUCCGUCGCAACCCUAACGGUCGACCGAUUCAGCUCCGGAUGAGCCAGAUUCCGCCGGCGAAAGCUCAGAUUUUCACUUCCAGUCGCUAAUUCAGACCAUUGUCCCGCCAUCCUCCACGUCAAUCGGCGGGAGCCAAUGGAAUCGAGCCAAUAAAACGCUUAAGAGAAGAGGGAUCAGUUUCUUUCCACAAGCAGCGUUCGUCUCAGUUCUUUUUUCCCCUCUUUCAGACGACAGGCCCAAUGAUGGCUUCUCGGAACCAGAACAGGGCUCCUCGGAGUCCUUCUUCAAAACGGGGUGAUGGUGAUGGGGUUCCGUUGGACAAGCGUCGGAGGGUCGGAGCUGGCGUGGGGAAGACCGCAGGCAGCGAACGUAAGCCGUUUGGUUCAGUUAACAAGAAGCUGGAAGCGGCAGCUAGCUCGGCUGAUGCAAGCAGCAAGGAUGCUUCGGAGAGUAGUUGCAUUGAGUUCACGAAGGAGGAAGUUGAGGCAUUAGUAAACGAGAAGGCCAAGAUGAAGAGAUUCGAUCUCAAGGGAAAUUUGGAAGCAACGACUGAGUUGAACAGCAGGCUCAAGCUUUGUCUAAAAUGGUGUCAGAAAAGAGAGGAAGGUCAUGUGGAGGAGGAGAGCAAGCUCCGAAAUGAUUUGGAAUCUUACCAGAAAAGAUGUGAGGAUACCGAGGUCGAAAUGCGACGAGUUGAAGAGGUGUCUAGAACAACUAUAGUAGAGCUGACUAAAGAGAAUGCAUCCUUGAAGGAGAAGCUUUCCAAGGAAGAAUCAGAGAAGCUGGCUGCCGUUGAGAGUUAUAGGAAGGAACACGAGGCAAGAAUCGCAUUAGAGACUGAGAAGGCUUCUCUCUCGAAGGAACUUGAGGAAGCUAAUAAGAAGGUAAUUUAUGAUCAAAGCCUUGCUUCCUUGGAUGCGGUCACGAAUAACAACUUGAAGGCGUACAAUGAGAGCCUACAACAGUACAGUGCCAAAUUGCACAGUGACCUUGUAACAACACGAAAUUUGUUGCAACGAGUAGAGCAAGAGAAGGCAGCAGUAGUUGAGAACCUAAGUACGGUAAGGGGUCAUAAACAAUCGUUGCAGGAACAGCUGGCUAUUUCAAGAGUAAGCUAUCUGAUAACCCUUGAUAUUAAUGUAUUCAAUAAAUGUCAGGCUUCCCAAGAUGAGGCAGUAAAUAUGAAACAUUCAUUAGUCACUGAAGUAAAAUGCCUUCGUGGGGAUCUUCAACAAGUGAGAGAUGAUCGUGAUCGGCAGUUGGCUCAAGUUCAAGACUUGAAUGCUGAACUAUUGAAAUAUCAAGAAAACACAGGCAAAUCCCAGGCUGAACUGGAUGUGCUCAUUUCAAAAGCACAGUUGUUAGAGGAAACUUGUUCUUCCCACCGCAAGCAGAUAAGUUUAUUGGAGCAGAAAUUGACUGCGGCAAAUGAAAAGUCAAAGACUUUGGACAUGACUGCUGCUGAGGCACGCACGGGAUUUGAGGAACAAAGAAGAAUAGUAAGUGAAUUGCAGGAGCGACUUGCUGAUGCAGAACAGCAACUCCUUGAAGGAGAGAAGUUGAGGAAAAAGUUGCAUAACACUAUUUUGGAACUUAAGGGGAAUAUCAGAGUUUUCUGUAGAGUUCGUCCUUCGUUACCAGAUGAUGCUCGGGCUGACACACAAGUUGUUACUUAUCCUAGUUCUUUAGAAUCCCUUGGUCGUGGGAUUGAUGUAAUGCAAAAUGGUCAAAAGUAUCCUUUCACGUUCGAUAAGGUGUUCAGCCAUGAUGCUUCACAACAGGAUGUAUUUGUGGAAAUUUCGCAGUUGGUUCAAAGCGCCCUUGAUGGCUAUAAGGUCUGCAUAUUCGCCUAUGGACAAACAGGCUCUGGGAAAACCUACACCAUGAUGGGGAGGCCUGAAGCACCCGAGCUGAAGGGCCUAAUCCCGCGCUCCCUCGAGCAGAUAUUUCAAGCUAGUCAAGUACUUAUGUCCCAGGGCUGGAAGUACAAAAUGCAGGCCUCAAUGUUGGAGAUAUACAAUGAAACAAUUAGGGACUUGCUAUCACCUAACCGUUCCUCCAGCUGCGAAAGCAGUAAUGCACCUGGAAAGCAGUAUAACAUUAAACAUGAUGCCAAUGGAAAUACACAUGUGACAGACCUUACUGUCGUUGAUGUGAGCAGCAUAGCCGAGAUUUCCUCCCUCCUCAGACAGGCUGCUCAAAGCAGGUCUGUUGGGAAAACCCAAAUGAACGAGCAGUCUUCAAGAAGCCACUUCGUUUUUACUCUGCGAAUUUAUGGGGUGAACGAGGGCACUGAGCAGCAGUUGCAAGGCGUCCUCAACCUCAUCGAUUUGGCGGGAAGCGAACGACUUUCCAGAAGUGGAGCAACGGGCGAUAGGUUGAAGGAAACCCAGGCCAUAAACAAAAGUCUGUCAUGCUUAGCUGAUGUAAUCUUCGCCCUGGGCAAGAAAGAAGACCACGUUCCCUUCAGGAACUCCAAGCUGACGUAUCUUCUUCAGCCUUGUUUAGGCGGGGACUCGAAAACGCUAAUGUUCGUCAACGUGUCUCCCGACCCUUCCUCCGUCGGAGAAUCAUUAUGCUCGCUGAAGUUCGCCGCCAGGGUGAACGCUUGCGAGAUCGGGGUUCCCAGGCGCCAGAUGAACUUGAGACCCGCCAUUGCUGCCGUCGAUUCCCGUUUGAGCUACGGCUAAGAAACACACCUCAAGCUAGCCUCUUUACUUUCUCUCCCUGUUAACCCGACUAGUUAUUUGUCACUCAUGAUCUUUCAAAGGAGCCAAUAAGCUUUGGUGUGCUAUGUUUGUCUGUAGAUUUCUCUAACCUUGAUUGUGGGGUGUUUCUGUUUGUCACAAAGAAGGAUUCGAGAGAGAACAAAAUGGCUUGUGAUGUAUUAAUUUUGUGAUCCUAUAUUGGAAAAGAAGUUCACCACUUGGUUGAACUUAUUAUUGAUAGCUAAGGUGUCAAGUGAAAUGGAAAAUGCAUUUGGGCCAAUUAGAUCAGUUCCAAAACUCGUC